GUGGUCCUCCGGCGGAGCGGAGGCGUAUAUGAUUUGGGUUGGCGCACCAACUUCCUUUUCACUGUGGCCGCCAUAGCGUGUGGAGCUCCGUUCCCGGCGAGCCGAAAACUUAUAGUCAAAUAUGGCCUGUGCCCGACCCCUUAUCUCGGUUUACUCCGAGAAAGGAGAAUCGUCAGGCAAAAAUGUUGUUAUGCCUGCUGUGUUCAAGGCUCCAAUUCGCCCAGACAUUGUGAAUUUUGUUCACACCAACAUGCGAAAGAACAACCGUCAGCCUUAUGCAGUCAGUGAACUGGCAGGUCAUCAGACCAGUGCAGAGUCUUGGGGCACAGGAAGAGCUGUGGCCCGUAUCCCUCGUGUGAGAGGCGGUGGUACUCACCGUUCUGGCCAGGGAGCCUUUGGAAAUAUGUGUCGUGGAGGCCGCAUGUUUGCCCCCACUAAGACCUGGCGCCGCUGGCACCGCAGGAUCAACACAACCCAGAAACGCUAUGCCAUCUGCUCUGCGCUGGCUGCCUCUGCCUUGCCAGCACUUGUUAUGUCCAAAGGACACCGCAUUGAGGAAAUCCCAGAAGUUCCAUUGGUGGUCGAUGACAAAGUUGAGGGCUACAAAAAGACCAAGGAGGCAGUGCUUUUGCUAAAGAAGCUCAAGGCCUGGAAUGACAUCAAGAAGGUAUAUGCUUCCCAGCGUAUGCGUGCUGGUAAAGGUAAGAUGAGGAAUCGUAGACGUAUCCAGCGCAGGGGACCAUGCAUCAUCUACAACCAAGACGCUGGUGUCACCAAAGCCUUCAGAAAUAUUCCAGGUAUCACAUUACAGAACGUCAACAAACUCAACCUGCUGAGGCUUGCUCCUGGUGGUCACGUUGGACGUUUCUGUAUCUGGACUGAGAGCGCCUUCCGUAAACUGGAUGACCUGUAUGGCACCGGGCGUAAAUGUGCUUCCCUGAAGGUGGAUUACAAUCUGCCAGGUCACAAGAUGUCCAACUCAGACUUGACCAGGAUUCUGAAAAGUGAGGAGAUCCAGAAAGCCCUUCGUACACCUAACAAGAAGAUCAACCGCAGAGUUCUGAAGAAGAACCCACUGAAGAAUCUGAGGAUUAUGAUGAAACUGAACCCUUACGCCAAGACGGCAAGACGUCGCGCUAUCCUCCAGCACGACCCUGCUAUCAAGGCCAAGAUGCUUAAACCCAAGAAGAGGCCAGCAAAGAAGGCAGCUGCUAAACAAGCAGCUAAACAAGCAGCUAAACCAGCCAAGGCAUAAAUUUGUGUUCAUACAGACUGCGGUUCACAAAUUCAUUAAAAUAAAAGUGCGUUUCAGUUA